ACUGUGUUCUGCUACCUUGAACUCAAGGACGUCGAGUCUUGGGACAAAAGAAGAAAUCCUUUUAACCACCUUUCCUCAUAUGGUGUGGGUAUAAACCAGCAUGCUUAGACAACAAGAGUUCAUCUGUGGCCUUGGUAGGACUGUCUGGACUCCCUGAUCGAUGAACCGCUCCUUCUUCUUCUUCUUCCCGUGAUGUCCAGCUGCCGAGUCGUCGGCAAUCAACUACUCAUUUACUCUGUGAUCAGCUGACUGUGGUGCAUGUCCAGAAAACAAGAAUUCAUCUGUGGCCUCUCGCACAAGGUGACCAUAGCAGUCCUCCCCAGACUGAACAUUGAGGAGCUGUUUUUUGAACUCAACAGACGAAAAGUCGAAAAGGAGAAAAGCAUCAAGGACAGGCUGGUCAGUAUCCUUAGGGAUGUGAUGUUGGAGGAAUACCGUCAGUGGGAUAGGAGGUCACAAGUCAGUUCUCCAGGCGAAACCACCAUAUUUAGGCAAAAUCAUGAGACAGCUACCAUGCAAGAGAACGUUCCGAUUAACUACACUGAAACACUGUUACCAAAGACUAUAAGUCCUGAUGCCUCACAGCAUAGUUCUGGACCGGAUAAUGUUUUAAAAAAGGAAAAUGAUACAAGCAAUGAAAUGCUCAUGCAUACAAAUUUGAAGGAGCUCCACGUUGAUGCCGACCAAGCACAUCUGACCGUUCCACAACAAGAUCAACUUUGUAUCAUGCCUAGUCCAAGUUCACCAACACUUCCUCCAUGCGAUGCCCCUCUGAUACAAUCAAAUAACACAGCAGACUCUCGCAUUAAAGAAGAAGACUUUGCUAUGACGACUGAGGGUGAAGUAGGUAAACCUUGUCAUGAUGAAUAUAACAUUGACACUUCUAAAUUUAGUACGCAGAAACUGAAUACUCUUAAUUCAAUGAAUACCUCUUACUCGGAGACACCUUUGGAAAGCAAUACACCCGUUGAGGAAGCACCUUCGGCGCGUUGUUAUCUGCCUCCAGACAACGGUGACGUACCUUUGGAAAACGGAUGCCACAUGUUUGAAGAUGACCAAAUCAAGCAAACGUCUCAAGCUUCAAACCAUGAUGCAACUGAAGACUAUACUGAUGACAGAGAGACUGCGGACAGCGGACUUGAGCAUAGUGGGGAAGAAAGUAAUGAGCAAAGUAGCGAGGAAAAACCUUUCGCACACAGUUUCUCCAAGAAUAUAUAUAGGCGACGCCACAAAGAAGAAAUGCCUUUUAUGUGUGGCGAAUGUGGUUACAGGGCAUCUAGUAAGCACCGGCUUGUCGGACACAUGAGAACACACACUGGCGAGAAACCAUUCAAGUGUAAUCAAUGCAACUACAAGACGUCAUUCAAAGGUAACCUAGUCCAGCAUAUAAAAAGGCACACAGACGCAGAACCUUACAGAUGUGAACUUUGUGACUACCAAGCCUACCAAAAGUUUCUAAUUGAUAGACACGUAAUGUGCCACUCUGGUGUGAAACCCUACAAAUGUGAGGAAUGUGACUACAAGACAGCUCAAAAGGGCAAUCUUACCAGACACAAGAGGCAGCACACCGGUGAGAGACCCUACAGUUGUCAAAGGUGUGACUACAAGGCAGGAGAUAGGUCCAACCUCGCCAAGCAUAUAAAAAAUAAACACCAUUGAAACCAGUCUCGGGUACCAAACAGAAAUAGACUGUAAAGGAUAUUCAAGGUAUAAUCUAUAUUUCAUUCAUCUUCUAUUUGAUACCUAGAAACCAGAUUUAAGAUAUGUAAAUAUUUCUUGUUUCAAGUAUUCUUCUAUACGUUUAUCCCAUUUACAUGCAUUUAUCUUUCUACGUUGAUGAACGUUAAACAUCCAGGCAAAGGACAUGUCACAUGCAAAUACAGGCAGUGUCACUAACGAAAGAUGGUAGAUGCUGUAUGAAACAUCUCACCGUUUCCAAAACCAAACCAAGUUGCUUGAGUAACUGCUAUUGGGCAUAUUUAACUUUUGGGUUAUUUCUGUUACCAGGGUAGUCAUGCGCAGUGACUUCGCACUGCUUUACAACGGUGCGACUAUUUAGACAAUCUCUCAUGAUUUAAGUGUACCUGUUACUGACAAAGUUUGUUGCAAUAAUUGUAAGUUAUUCCUUGAGUUAGACUUAAAAAAGUUUGUGUAAGUGUAUGGACAUACAUAUUAAAGGUUAAGGUACGCAAAACAAUAUGAACAAUACUUUACACCGCAUGUAUUUUGGUAUUUAUGUCGAAUUCAUGUUACGUACUCUGCGCCUGUAUGUCCUUGACCUUGUCAUACCAGCAGCCUCCAACAUCAUGGUAACAUGCAGCUGUCUUAUCAGUCGAACAAUGGUCCAUGUUGGUAAAUAUGCAUAAAUCAACAUAAUGUUCUCCUGACUCAGUUUGUGUUUGCUAUCAAUAUAGUAGAAGGGAUGCUUGAAGCGAGAGUUAGUCAGGCUUAGAAUUGCAAAUAAAUGAGGUUCCGA